AUGCGUAAACAGUGUUUGAUACUCUAUCUCUUAUUCGCCUACAAUACCUCAUCGAUAGUCGCCAUUUCUUUAGACCAGAUCCAACCGAUCGCAUUCUUUACUCAGACAUGUACGAAAGUUUACACCUCCGAUAUGAAAUACUGCACAAACAGCGACUUUACGGACAAAGGAUCCUGCUCGCAAGCAUGUAUUGCAGAGCUGGAAGCCCUGUCGCGUUCGCUUAAUAUCGCGUGCAUUGGAUCUCGGGCACUAGCCGAGUCCCUCAUAGGGUUAUUCUUCCAGAGUCUUGGAGUGCAAACUCUCUGCCCUAAUGCUGUCAUUAGGGAUGGUGGUGGAAGUGGGGUGGGAGAAGAACGGACUUCCCAAGAUCCUGGUCCAACCGAUACUCAGCUUCUUCCCUCUUCAGAAACUAGGACACCUCAGCCUACGCCGACCGAGACAGAAACCGGAGAGGUAUCAUCGCGUACAACAAGACCACCUAGUGUGACCACUUCCGCUGCCACCAGAGUUACAUCUAUCCGCUCUACUUCUAUCACGACCAUCAUGACUUCUAUCCUCUCUACUACGACAUCAGUUCCUGCUCCUCCAACACCAACUACACCAGAGUCGUCAUCGUCGUCGUCGUCGUCGACUACUACUACUACUACUACUACUGCUACUGCUACUGCAACUCGCACCCGCGCUCCAACUAAAGAUCCCUUUGGGGGCUUUGGGAACGCAUUUGACAUAAUUGCGCCCAACAAAGCCACACCUACGUUGAGAUCGAGUCGAUCUUGGAACAUGGCGAUUGGCAAUCUCGCCCGUCCUCGUGAAGUUGAAACGUCUCUUGAAGGCAACAUCCGACGAAGAGUUCCCAACAAUUCUGAAGAGGGGAAAGGUGGGCAGGAAAUCGAAAGUCUCUUAGGAGUUGCGUCUAUUUUGGCAUCACCAGAGAUGGGCUGCAUAAAUACUGGAAUGUCCAAUUCUCAGAAACGCAUUGACAUCACAGCUUUCAUGUCUUCGGAUCUGCGGGCUCUGGGCAGCGGCAUCUUUAACUCAUCUCAGUUCAUGGAUGUAGUUAUGUAA